GCUUGUUUUCUUCCCAGGUUGCCAAUUAGCUACUGGUUGCUCAGUACAUGUCGGCAGGCAGAUUUGCAACCUGGACUGGUUCCGGCCAGAAGUGUGAAAUUUCUCCAGAUCGGAGUCCCGGAGGCAAAAUGUCCCUUACAGGGUGCAAAUCCAGGAUUUGUAUACUUAUGGGAAUCAAGGAAGACAGGGGAUUCUGGGUGCGACUUAGCUUUUAGUUCCCCCUGGUGAGGAAUAUGGGCUGGUGGUAGGAGGAUCUGGGCACCUGGGCAGGUUUAUAAAGGGAGAAAGGACCUUUCAGGUGAUGCAACAAACUAAUUGGAUUCUUCAUCUCCCUCUUUCCCUCCUCUCACCUCCCCAAAUAUUUCUGCAUGCCCAGAAAACAUGGCCGAGGUUCAGGCUGGCUCUGGGAAGGUGGUUCUUUUCAGCCAGAAAAAACGAGGGGGCCUCACCUACCGCAUCCCAGCGCUGCUUUACCUGCCCUCCGAGUCCACCUUCCUGGCGUUUGCAGAGGAGCGCUCAUCCCCCCGGGACGAAGAUGCUAAGUUCCUGGUGAUGAGGCGAGGGCGGAAGGAAGGAACGUCCGUUCAGUGGGGUCCUCAGGAGCCCCUGCCGAUGGCCACGCUCCCCAAAUACCGCACCAUGAACCCCUGCCCAGUUCACGAGGAGAAGAGCGGAACCACUUUCCUGUUCUUCAUCUGCGUUCUGGACCACAUCACGGCCCGGCGGCAGAUUGCGACGGGGAGGAACGCCGCCAAGCUCUGCUACGUCUCCAGCCAAGAUGGCGGCCGCACCUGGAGCCAGGCGGUGGACUUAACCAGGCAGAUGUUUGGAGGUGAGCGGAGGAAGUGGGCCACCUUUGCCGUCGGGCCGGGCCACGGCGUGCAGCUCGGCUCCGGGCGCCUGGUGGUCCCGGCGUACGCCUACCGCACCCGCAAACGUUGCUUUUGCUUCUGCCAGCUCUGCUGUGCGGCUCCCCAUUGCUUCGCGUUGCUCAGCGACGAUGGAGGGCGCAGUUGGGCACGGGGCCGGCUCCUCAAGGACUUGCGAGCCACCGAGUGCCAGCUGGCUGAGAUCAACCGCCAGGACGGAAGCCGCUUACUGUACGUCAAUGCCCGGCAUUCGGGCUGGAGCCGCUGCCGCGCCGAGGCCUUCAGUGCUGAUAACGGAGGCCAUUUUCAGGAGCCCUUUCUUUGCAAGCAGCUGCCUGAGCCGCCCCACGGGUGCCAGGGCAGUGUGGUGAGUUUCGUCCCGGCGCCAAAACCCUCGGAUCAGGGCCUAGAGGAAGGCGCAGGCGAAUCGGCGUGUCUGCUGGGUGUCAAUCCGUCCUUGGCCCCUCACAAGAGGAGCGCCAAGUUGUGGCUGGUCUUCUCCCACCCCACAAACAGCCACAAACGUUCGGAUCUGGGCAUCUACCUGAACCCCUCUCCGUUGGAGAAGGGGUGCUGGGCAGCCCCUUGGGUGCUGAACAAAGGGCCCAGCGGGUAUUCAGACCUGGCCGUGUGCCAGGAGGAGGGCAAGCCGGUGAUGUUUGGGUGCCUGUUUGAAUGCGGGGCGGCGACUGCAUGCGAAGAAAUUGCCUUUCAGCUUUUCAGCGACGUUGAGCUUCUGAAGAACCUAAGGCCUGGGAAUUGUAGAAUCGCAGAGCAGUCAGGGACCCCGAGGGUCAUCUAGUCCAACCCGCUGCAAUGCAGGAAUCUCAGCUAGAGCAUCCAUGACAGAUGGCCGUCCAACCUCUGCUUGAAAACCUCCAAGGAGGGAGAAUCCAUCACCCUCAGAGAUGGCCCCAGCCAGCAGCACCAACAGCCAGGAACGAUGGGAGUUGUAGUUCAGUAUCAUUGGGGAAACCCAGCCAGAUGGGUGGGGUAUAAAUAAAUUAUUAUUAUUAUUAUUAUUAUUAUUAUUAUUAUUAUUAUUAUUAAUUUGGAGUGUCACAGUUAGUCACCCCCUGAUCUAAGGGAAGGGUGUUCAUGCCUUCAAAGGCCCUUUGACCUUAAAAUGACCCAGCUGAUUUCUCCAUAACUUCAUGGGUUGUGCAGAUCUUGGGUGUAAUUUUGGACAAAGAUCAGAGUCACCCCAAAAGCAAGGCAGUGCUUGUUCCUAUGUGCUUGCAGGGGGUUCCUUGGAUAUGCAGAAAUGUAUAUGUUACAGUUUUUUUAAAAACCCAAAUAUAAUCAGCCCCUGAGCUUCCAGGUUCUGUGGGGUGUUACAGACCCAGAGACACAGGAGAUCUAUAGCAGGUCAUCUCAUUGUCCCUCCUGAUCUGCCCCACAGAGGACCUUAAGGUCCAUGAAUAACCAUAGUUUAGAGGUCCCGGGCCCUAAGGAAGUCAGACUAUCUUCCACCAGGGCCAGGGCCUUCUCAGUGAUGGCUCCGACCUGGUGGAAUGUUCUGUCCCAUGAGGCCAGGGCCCUGCAGGAUUUAACUUCCUUCCGCAGGGUCUGUAAGACAGAGCUAUUCCGCCUGGCUUUCAAUUUGAACUUAGCCUGAUCUUUUAUUCCCCUUCCUUCCCUCACCCUCCCCUCUUUAUGAAGAUUACCCGCUCUGGGAUCCCACAGCUAAUUCUCCCCUGGUCUCCUCGCUGGCCCAAAUAGGACUAAUUCAGCCAGCUGGUGGUCAUCUAAUGUUUAUUGGAUAGAUUUUUCCCCUAAAUUGAUUUUUGAAUUCUGAAUUUAUUGUUAUUCACGUUUUAUACUUUAUUUUAUGCUGUUUUUUGUUGCAUCAAUUAAAUGUUUUAAAUCUGUUGUUAGCCGCCCUGAGCCCGGUUUUCUGAACCGGGAAGGGCGGAGUAUAAAUAAAAAUAUAUUGCUAUUA